AUGUUCGUCAUCUUCAAUAUUGCAGUUGGGGUGCUCCUUCUUCCUCCUACUCUUCCCCAAGAUGUUGAAGAUACUACGCCGAAACCGCUUUGUGAAGGCGGCACAUAUAAUGAGAAAUACAUUCGUGACUACGUUGUCCAAACCAUCAACAAUCACCGCUAUGCACUGUUAAGAGGAUCUGCACUGAAUGGACCGUGGAAUGGAACAGUAUAUGGGAAGAAGUUCCCACUAGCAAUGACUAUGGAUAGAUUAGAGUACGACUGCAACCUUGAAAAGAAAGCUUUUGCUCUGAUGGGUGAAUGCUGUUCAACGAAAGCUCCUACCGCUCCCGAUGGAACGACAGCCUUGUUCUACCAAAUUGAUCAGGACUUUGACGACCAUGAGCUGUUCUCAGCUGUUUGGGACUGGACUAAACAGAUCAAUAAGUUUGCGGUCAGUGAUGAUGCUAUUAGCGCCAAACACGUUGUAUACAGGAACAAGGAUCGGAAUUUGUACGAGUACUUGACCCUUGUUAGAGCCGUCAGCUCUAAAAUUGGAUGCGCGGAUAUAACUUGCAGAAGAGGGAAUUCGAUAAAGUAUAUAGCACUCUGCCUGCUCAAUAGGAAUCCCCUAACGGAUGGUGCUGUCGUCUACAAAGUUGGAUUAGGCGGAUGCAAUAGAGGAGAGACGUGCCAAAAAGGGAUCUGCGAUCAGUCUGGAUUUUGUGAUUUGACCAAGUGA